CCCAACGAGCGACCCUGGAGAAGCGAGGCGCAUUAACUGCUUGACCAGUCACUCGCUGUCCGCACCGUGAUGACCGCCUUGUACGACCUCAAGGAGGAGCUGAGUAUGGUGUCGAGGGCGCUCUCCGAGUGGAGGAGGGGCCAGAACACGGCGGGAGACGCGGAGGACGACCAAGGGGCGAGGCUGGAGGAAGAGCUCAAGGGGGUGGAAGAGUCCGAGGAAGAGCAGGGCCCGGAGGAAGCCAAAGGAGAAGAGGCGCAGAACGUAAUUCGGGCAGAAGCCGGACCCGAGUGCGAAGAGGAUAUUCCCGGCCAUGAGGGGACGACGCGACCACGACCUCGGAAAGACGGCCUCAACAAGACUACGAAAGGAGAGCAGUUGGGGAAAGAUCGUGUUGACGCUCUUUGUUCAGUAUUUAUUCGAGAAGGGAAGAUGAUCAAUAGGAAAGGAGGGACCAUCAGGAAGACGGCGACCCUGCACGGCGUCCAGCUCGAGAGGAUCGUCCCUCAGAGAAGACGCUCGCCUCCGCAGUUCAACGGGCAGGAGGACCGAGAAAUCACGUCCGUUAAGCUUGUCUUUGAGAGAAAGAAGUGCACUAUCUACAAACUAGAAGGCGGAACCUCGACCAAACUGGGAGGCUUCCACGCUGACCACUUCACUAUACUCAGGAACGGCUUCAAGAUGACCUUGGAGACCGAAAUGACCCCAGAUGGCGUCGACGAGGGCAGGCGACCCGGAGAGAAGAGGGAGGGAACCGAGGAGGCGCCGGUGGUGAGUGUGACCCUCCCGCAGGAGCAGCAGAAGGAGUAGAGGAACAUCGUAUCGAAGAUGUUCAAGUGAUUCGCUGAAAUUCUCUUCUGAGGUUCUUACGAAUCGUAUUAUUGUCCCUUUGCUCGCACAGCUUGAUAUAAAUCAACAUUGUAUUUUAUUGUACACUGUAUUAUUGUUUAUUGGCUGGAUUACCAUGUAAUUUCUUUAUUCUGCUUCAUAACACUUUUUUUAUUGUUUACUUUGUAUCCACUGUACAUUUUCUUACAAAUAAAGUUAUGCAA